AAACAUGUGAAUUUUGAAUCCGACUGUCAACAAUUGGUGCAAAUCGUUACAUCCCCAAAAGCCUGGCCAGCACUCGCACCGGAACUCGAUGAUAUUCAACUACUUCGAUCAUCUUUUUCUCUAUUUUCUUUAUGCUUCAUUUCAAGAUCUCUGAACCUCCGUGCGGAUUCUCUUGCAAAAGAGGCCCGAUCACGAGACUCACCUUUUAUACUUGUAGACGUUAAGGUCCCUCAACAACUAGCUCUCGAAGGUAGAGUGUUAGGAUCUAUUUGAUCUUUGAAUGAAGCUUUUGAUGACAAAAAAAAAAAUAGUAAAUAGAGUAAAAGUAAAUUUUUUUUAUUAAAAUAUCUGUGAAAAUUCAGAAUAAUUAAAAAGUUGAAAUAAUAAGUUACUGAUCUAAAAUGACUAUACGGUCACAAACAUUAUGUCGUCAGGUAUUUGACGUAUUGUUGAUACCAAUGAUUACAUACUAACCUACUAACCGUGAUAAAAUAUUAACUAUACACUUAGAGGUUCUAGUCCCAUGCUUUCAUAUCGAGUUUACGCUAUUUUUACCACUUCAUUCUGCAUUGUUCAAUGAUGACAUUUGUAAACAAUGUUUACGUUUCUAUAUGAUAACCGACGUUAUAUAUUAUUUAAAUUAUUCGCGCAAAUCAUCGCCCCUAAUUACGCUUAGUCGCUUACAUUCUUCAAGAACAUAGCUGUUUUUCAUGAGUAAUAAAAAACAACAGAUAGUUUACAAAAAAAAAAAAAAAACAACAACAGAUAAACGGUCAAUACAUCUUCUGAAAAGUUUAUUAAUUGUGUUUUGAUUUGAAUAACCAAUUUAUUAAAAAAAUUACUCACCAUCUAUAUAUUGUCUUAUCAAUUUUCCAACAAGCUAAGUAUACGCAUUGUCAUAGAACAAAGCAUGCAAUGAUGGAUCAUUACGAUAAAAAGGAAGAUAACAUACAUAAACCAAAGAAAAGAAGAAAGUAAAAAAUGGCCAUGUUAUAAAGCCAUCAUGACCAUUGUUUGCCAAUUUCAACAAAGUUGGCCCUCUAAAUUUGAUAUUUCAAUGUGUCUUUUCUUAUAUUAUUAUUUAUAAUUCAAUGUUUCUUUUCUUAUAUUUUAAUUUAUAUAUAUGUGCAUUAUUGUAUGAACAAACAACACCACAAUCUCUUCUUGGACCCUAAAGACAACAAGAAAAAAACCCAUAUAUACGAAUUCUAUUAUUUUCACUAUUUAAUUUGAUUGUUUCUUGAAGGUAUAUAUAGCUACUACAAAUGGAUACAAUGAAGAUUAAACUUCUCGUUAUACUAGUCUCUUUCUUCCUCAUCUCUGAAGUUCCUGCGAUUCUUGGGUUCAGUAUGAGAGGCAAUACUAGAUCGGAGCCGGAAGCAUUUCACGGCGGAGAUUUCUUCCUGGCGAUGAAGAUCAGGAAAUUGCUGGUUACAAACUUGCAAGUCGAUUAUUCAGGUGAUUAUGAUGAUGGAGCCUCUUCAGCAUCACCAGCACCACCAGUGCCUGAUUAUGAUGAUGAUAUCUAUAAAAGGCAAGGUGAUGUCCCAAGCCCUGCUAUAGGCCACUGAUGAUACGUUUUCAUGUGUAUAGUGUAUACACAGAAAGAAAUACACAUUUUUGGUUAAUAUAUUUAUACAUGCUAUUUACUUGUUCAUAUGUGUGUUUGUCCUAAGAGAUCUCCGUAUAAUCAAUUUAUGUGUCUUUUUGUUUUGAUAAUACAUAUCCUUCUCUAUAUAUACAUUUUUAAUUAUGUCAUUAUUCAAUAAAUGUGACAUCUACAUUUUUAUGUAUGCAUGUAACACUCAUAGACAAUUCUGCAUUUUCCCUUUUGUAAAAAUGUUUUCGGUUUUACAAGAAGUUAUGUCAUAUGAAAAACUAGUUUUGUUCUCUUUUUCUGUUUGUUAUCGAAGUGUAAUUAGUUUAAUUAAUAUAUAUAUAUAUACAUAGAGAACAAUUGAUGAACCAAAUGGAGUUAAUCUACUGUAUAUUACAUAAUGUAAUGUUCUAAGAAUACCAUUGAGAUUAGAGAAAGGAAAACGUUCCCUCUGUUGGUAAUAAAAGGAAAAACACAGUGACAGUUGUACAGUCUUGAGUCUUGACUCUCUUUUUUUUUGACAAAAAAGUCUUAAAUCUUGAAACAUUCAAGUUUUAUCUAUAGUACCAAGUGGAAGAAUAUAAAAUAUAUAGCACCCAAUUUAAAAUAGUAGAUAUAACGUUUUUUCAUACAUUCAAAAUUUGAACCAUGAAAAAAAUAAAAAAAAUAUAUUCAUACGGACGGUCACGUCGUAUUCUAAAAAUGUGGAUGAAAAGUUUUACAAAUCAAAAACAAAAUAAAAUUACUCAAUAUAAACUAUAAAAUUAUUGUGUAUACAAAUUUCAUAAUAAACAAAUAUGUAAUAAAUUUAAAAUUUAAAUUAUAUACUACCAUUUAUAUAAAAUCAAUGUUUAUUUUUCAAACAAAUAUAUAUAAAAAAUUAUAUAAAAAAAAUUAUAUGUCUAUAUUUUUCAAACAAAUAUCCGUACGGUUCAAGUUCUAGUUUAAAAUUAAGAAACAAUGACCAUAAUACAACAAAAACUCAUGAGCAAUAUUCUCUCGUAAUCAAUCAAUUAAAUCUAACAUUUUUAACUUCUAAAUGUUGAUACUUCGAACUUUAAUUGGAAAUUACUUGUGACCAAUGUAAACGGUUGUAUCUUGAGAAUGAAGCGAUCUUUAAAAUCCCUAGCACUUUUUUUUUGACAAUCAGGAAAAGGACUUGCAGAAAAUGUGCCCAACUGAAAAGCACAUCAUUCCGAAAAUCACGUAUGAAGAUUAAAAUCAUAUAAAAUACAUUUAGUAUUUUUGCUUUAAAAUAUCAAAUGUUUCUAUGUGAUUGCAUCAAUGCAUGCAUAUAAUACUAUAUGACUUGGUGGAGUGUCUCUUUAUGCAUGCAUAGAAUCCACCGACUAGUCUACUAAAUUUAUAUUUUAUAUAAAUUGUAUAAUCAUCUUGUUAAACCCUUUAACAAAAAAAAAACAAUAGAAUGAUUGUUGUGAGUAAUCAAGGGGCUUCUCCUGGAAGUGUAACUCAUGAGGAUCGUCUCCAAUCAUAUGUUGCUUUGGGAUACUCUUACUGGCUCAGUAACUCUUCUUUUGUAUCUGAGUCAUCCUAUUGUCAAGUGUUUUGAGACAUAGCAAAGACGGAAGAACAACUACUACACAGCUCUUGAGAUUCACAGAGUAGUAAUAUGAAUAAUCUGAACCCACCAUAAGCAAAAAAAAACAUCAAAAUAAACUGAAACUAAAACAUGACGAGGCUUCAGGCAAGCUGUGCAGCAUCUCCAGCUCCAGCUUCUUCAUCUUGCACUUGGUUAGAUAAAAUGUUGUUCUCCACCUUAGGCACCAACUUGGGUUCAACUUUCUUCUCGGUCUUUCCUCGUAUAUAGCACAAAACCAAUUCGUCAUGAACACCCUCAUGAAGGGAAUAUUCUGUCAUAACCCAACCAGUCUUAUCCUCCUUUCCCUUCAAUUUCUUGUAGUACACGAAACUCUCCUUGUAACCCUCCACCUUAUUGGUUUUGUCCAUGAUUGCCUCUUGACCACUAGUCCUUUUCCAUCUGCCGCCUUCGCUUUCUCUCCUUCCCGGUACGGUCCAGUUAACACUCUCGAGUCUUGACACCUCUUCUGUUCCUCUGACUAACGUAGCACCAUUCGUUAUUCUAUUUUCCGUUGGAACUAGAGAAUAUAAUUCAGUCGGUGGCGCACCAAAAAAAAAAACGAGUGGUCUUUUCACUGUUUCGUUUUCCUGUUAACGAUCAUGUUUUUUCCCUUUUCUUGUAGUUUCUUAAUCUGAUUUUCAAUCUUUUAUUUAUAUUAAUAUAUCAUUUUAUUACAAAAUUAUAAGAAUUACUACAUCGUCAAUCAAUAUUUUAUAGGAUUUUAUUCUAUUUGAACAGUUUUACUUUUUUUUUUUUUUUUUUCCCAAAUUGAUAUACUAUUAAUAAAAGGGCCAAGCCCACAGAACAUAAAAACCUAGAA